GGGAAGCUUAUCUGAGGACGAUAUCAGACGAAAGGGAACUUCCUCCAGCUGAUCGCGUAGUCUACUCGUUACAGGAACAGCUUGCGAAACAUCUUACCCGCGAAUGUGGACUUUCUCCAGCCAUGAUCGAGUCCUUGCUUCAACCAAAAGAAAAGGAGGGAGAAGAGCUAACUGCUGCUGAUACACUGGGAAGAGCAGAUGCGCAAAUCGUUGAAGAAAUAGAAAGACAGUCGGACUUUUAUGCAACUCGGAAGCAGUUCUACUACGUAGCCACCCGCGUCGCAUUCAUCUAUAGCACAGUUGAGCAAUGGACGGCUGCCGGAAGAGAACAAGGAGAAAAGGAAAGCCUAUGGAGCGAACUGCUAAGCAAACAUCUUGAGGGCAAAGCAAAGCAAAC